CCCCACAAUCAUCUAAACUAUCAUUCUAUCCCACUCCUACUUGUUUUAAACCUGUAUCUUUCUCUUUAUUUUCCCAGUUCUUUUUGGAACCACCCCCACUCUCUAUACUCCUACAAUAAGCCAACCCCAAAUCUUUACUUUAAGCUCUUUUAAGUAUACAAUCGUUGUGCCCCUCAGCGCCUGAUUGCAAAUUUAGCAACUUUACAACAAAGGAAUUCUGCGCUUGAUGGAGUCGGAAAUUGGGAUCGGAUCGGUGAAUGAAAGUGUUGUUGUAGAUAAAGCGAUUGUUGGAGAUUUGGUUCUGGGUGUUAAGAAAGAGGAGGGUGAAGGAGAUUCUGAAAAUGCCGGAAUUGCUGUAGAAGGGCUUGACUUGUCUUCUGGGACUGUUUUAGAAAGUAAAAUGUCGAACCCUGGUGAGGUUAGUGGGGCUAAUUCCAAAAACAGCAAAACUUCCAAGAGGCCUACAUUGAAUAAAGCAACUACAAUGGCUCGUAAGGAAAAGCCAAGCCUUACUCAGAGUAGAUCUUUUCCUGCUAAAGGACUUCGUGCAAGUGCUAUAAGCAAAAGCGUUGAUGGUCACCCGAUGCAGUCUAAUGCCAAACAUUCUGGAGCAAGUAGGUCAAAAGUUGAGGCGCGGUUAGUCAAUGGAACAGCUGCUUCAGUUUCUCGGCGAGCAUCCACUGGAGUGAGCACAAAGGGAGCAGGAAGAAGUGCUGGUUCAGCAUCUAUCCGGCAAACUACUUCAGUGUCUUUGCCGAGUGUGCGACAGGCUAUGUCCCAAAAGCCUGUUUCCACAAAUGGAACUGCAACAUGCCCUCCACCUGAAGGCUUCUCAUCAGCUGAUCAACCUCCAAAUUCUAAUAAAGUGACACUGUCUUCUGCCAAGGAAGCUGGCCGUUCUACUAACUCAUCGAAAGUUGCUGCAGGUCAUAGCAGAAGCAGUGUUCUUGGUUUUUCCUCUAGGCUGGAAGAACGCGCGGAAAAGCGAAGAGAGUUCUUUUCAAAGAUUGAAGAGAAGAUACAUGCAAAGGAAGAAGAGAAAAGUAACAUGCAAGAAAAAUCAAAGGAAAGCCAAGAGGCGGAGAUUAAGACAUUAAGAAAGAGUUUGAAAUUCAAAGCUGCACCUAUGCCAAGUUUUUAUAAAGAACCUCCACCAAAAGUUGAGUUGAAGAAGAUGCCCACAACCCGUCCAAAAUCUCCAAAGCUUGGAAGAAAGAAAAGCUCAGGUGGUGCAGUAAACUCCUUGGAAGCUGGAUCAGGUGCUACCCCUCUAUUAAGCAGAGAACAUGAGAAGUCAACAAAGAAAACAACUCGGAAAUCCCUGUCUAAUGUUCAUUCAAAGGAAUCUGUUGCUGCCAAAACUGCGGGAGAGGACAGUAAGUUGAAACUUAAGGCAGCAGUAGCAGAAGGCAAAGUCGAGAAAGCCAGCGCGAAUGAAGACGAUGAAAGCAAGCGCCAAUCUGUCUGCCCUCCUGACCUUGAAAAUAUUGGUGGUGAAUCUAGAAAUAUUUCGUCCCAGGAUGAUGAACUGCUAGUGAAUUCGGCGAAUCCUCCUGCCCAAGAUAUUGAAGUGAUUGUGAAUUCAGGCAGUCCAGAAGUUUCACAGGCCUAGUUUGCUUUUAGAGCUUCAAGAACAUAAUUUUGAUCAUUUAAAGAAUUGUACUUAAAAAAGGUCUUUUAUUAUUUUAUGGUUUCUUUGAAAAGAUAUUUACUAGUGUUUAUAGCAUAUGAUGUAUAUCAUGUUUUCUUUCUUGUCCAAAUUUGGAAGAAUUGUUGAAGAACAUCUGAAAUAUGGCAGCUUCAUUGUAUAAUAUAUUACUGUUCGUUUUCA